AAACCGGGUUCUGCCACUGUAACGGUCACAGCUGUCACGGGAAUUAAACAACUGAAACAGGAUAUAUCUGCGGUUUUAUCCGAACCGAACCGGUAUGCAAGGCGGACCGGGGUCUCUGGAAGGUACCGUGCAGAUCUGUGCGCACAGAGUGUUAUUUUAAAGACACGAAUCACUGGAAAUGAGCCGGAUCUGCAGCGAGCUAACAGGCUAACUGCUAACUAACGGUUAGGAUGUUGAAUUAAUUUUAAGUCUCAGUGACGUUACCAGGAAGCCAGUGUGACGUCAUGGGAUCUCUGUUAGACUUUGAGGAGUGCAUCAAGGACUCACCUGAGUUCAGACUGACUCUGGAUCAGUUUGAGGCAGAUGUUUCCCUGCUAGAGACACAACUGGAUAAGGUGAUGAAACUGUGCGGGAAGAUGGUGGAGGCGGGACAGGCGUACAACGCAGCCAAUCAGCUGUUCCUAAGUGGCCUGGCUGAACUCUUGUUGUCCCAGAAGAAGGAUACUGUGAUGAUGAGCUGCCUGAACCAGUUCCAGCAGGGUCUGCAGGAGAUGUUGAGCUUCCACACAAUGUUGCUGGAUCAGACGCAGAGGGCCAUCAUCCAGCAGCUCAACAACCUGUGCUCACAGUUUCUGCCCCAGCUGGCCGACACCAGGAAGGAGUUUGUGCGGAUUGGAGAGGACCUGGAGACGGCAGCGGCAAAGAACGCUCAGGUGUCGCGACACAAAGCCGCUGAGGCCGAGCGGGCGAGCCACCUGCUGCUCGCCACACGGAAAUGUUACCAACACUUUGGCCUGGAUUACUGUUUGCAGCUCAACACCUUUAAAACUCAACAGAACAUCGACGUCUUGAACUCUGUGUUCUCCUUCGUGCACGCUCAGUUCACCUUCUUCCACCAAGGCUUCGACCUGCUCAGAGACCUGGAGCCCAGCAUGAAGACCAUGGGAGCUCAGCUGUCGCAGCUUUCUGCAGACUGUGCUGCUAAAAGGAAGGAGCUGGAGAACCGACAUCUGCUGGUGCAGCAGAGGGAUGCUUCAGGAGAGCCGAUGGUCAGCUCAUGUCCUGACAGCGGUGACAUCAUCCAGGGGUACCUGUUCAAACGCUCCAGAAGGAAAUCUAAGACCUGGAAGAGAUGCUGGUUUACCAUCAGAGACAAUCAGCUCAACUACAGGAAGUCCCACAAGGAGGACGCCGCUGUUCUGUUUGAGGAUCUCCGACUGUGUGCUGUGAAGGCUGUGGAGCACAUGGACCGACGGUUCUGCUUCGAGCUGCUGUCUGUCCAGACGUGCUGCGCUCUGCAAGCCGACUCAGAGCAGCUAAAGCAGGCUUGGCUCAGUUCUCUGCAGGGCAGCAUCGACCUGGCCUACAGAGAGAGAAGCGACGCUCAGCUCACACGGCCCAAAGAUUCUCCCCCUCUCCCCUCUGGUGGCGACGUCUCUCCUGGCCCACCCUCUCAGAGGCCAGCGGUGCUGAGUGUGGCCCUGAGGGGUCCAGGGAACCAGCAGUGUUGCGACUGCGGAGAGGAAGAGCCUCGCUGGGCCUCUGUCAACCUGGGAGUCACCGUGUGCAUUGAGUGCUCCGGGAUCCACAGGAGCCUCGGAGUUCACCUGUCCAAGAUCCGGUCUCUGACUCUGGACUCCUGGGAGGCCGAACAGCUGAAGCUGCUGUGUGUUUUAGGAAACUAUGUCAUUAAUCGGAUCUACGAGGCCAGAUGUUUUGAGGAAGGACGAGUCAAACCCAAACCUGGUAGUCCAAGGUCGGAGAAGGAGGCGUGGAUCAGAGAAAAAUAUGUGGAGAAAAGAUUUGUGCAGCUCAGGAGCCCAGGUGGAGCCCAGCCUCAUAAAGGGGCGGGGCACCGUCUGUAUCAGGCUUCUUUGGCUGGAGACCUUGUUGCCCUGGCAACAGCUCUGGCCGAAGGGGGAGAGGUCAACUGCAGCGUUGCUGAGGAGGAGGGACGAACGGCACUGAUCGCAGCGGCUGUCGGAGGGUCCCUGUUGGCCUGUGAGUUCCUGCUGCAGAACGGAGCGAAUGUCAACCACAGAGACCUGAGAGGGCGGGGAGCACUGCACGCUGCUGCCACCGCUGGACACACCGGACAUGUGUGUCUGCUGCUGAAGAGAGGAGCCAAUCAGUACGCCGUGGACGAGAGAGGGCAGGACCCACUGGCUAUUGCCGUGGAAACAGCCAAUGCUGACAUCGUCACACUGCUGCGUAUGGCCCGGAUGAACGAGGAGAUGAGGGAUUCAGAGGGAGUCUUCAGCGCCGCCGGUGAUGAUGAGACGUUUCAGGACAUCUUCAGGGACUUCAGCGACAUGGCAUCAAAUGACCCAGAGAAGCUCAGCAGGAGGCGGUUUGGCCAUGGAGGCGAGGAGGAGGAUGAAGGAGGAGGAGAUAAAAACAGCCAGCACCUUGCUGAACAGAUGUCUGACUGACAAAAUGGAAGCUGGGCCGUCCACGUUACCAUAGCAACAGUUCAGAUGGACGUAUUUUAACAUGUAGAAACUUUAAGUUGGACCAAACCUGAGAAGAUUCCAGGAUGAAGAUUCUUGUUUAGUUUAUUAGAGAUAAUUUAUCAGGUCUGAUGUUAAAGUUCAGCUCGCUAAAGGCAGACAGACGGAUCUGCUCCAGCGGGUUUCCCCGUUUCUCCGUCCGAUGUGGUGAAACGAGCGGACGGGUUCUUAACACUGUGAACGGUUCCAAUCAUUUCAGCAGAUUCCUUCUGUAGCUCAUUCAGAGAAACAGAAGCAGCCUGAAGGGUUCAUGUUGGUGUUCUGCAGGAGUCCUGAGGACAGAGGAACCUUGGAGGAACGCUGUCCUCCUGGGAGAACAGCCACAUCAGGAAACACUCGGAUCUCAGCUUGUUUAACAAGGAAGAACUUGAACAGAUCCCAGAAGAGUCUGGAUCACAGGAAGGAAAUCAACACUAAACUGUCAGGAUUAGUUAACCCAGAUAACCAGAACCCGUGUUUGCUCAUCUAAUCCAGAUUAAUAAGGAAAAUUCCUCCCUUUGUAAGAAUGUGGACCAUGAAUCAUCUUUUCCUCGUUAAUAAAGUCAGAGUUGGUUCUGGACUUUGUGUUUCUGCUCUGAAUGGAUCCUGCUACUGACAGAUCAGUUAGAGGUGGUUCAGAUUCUUCUUUGGGUUGGACUUUGGUGCUGCUCUGCUGCUGAAUAAAACACCCUGCUUGUAUUAGGAGAUAUUUGUAGAUAUUUAGGCUCCUGCUGCAGAACAACCAGUCAUGGAGUCUCUGGUUUACAACAACAUCUCAUUUCUGUCCCUGAAGCUCUGGAAGAAUCCAGGUUAGAUGGAUCUACAGAUCCUAUUAUCUAGAAAACAGCUGUGACUGACCUCAGGGUCAGACUCGACACAGUUCAUUCAUAGGAUUCCUACAGUCUGGAAGACCCUGGAAUUCCAGUUUUUUCCAGGUAUGGAUAAGUAUGGAAGAAUAUUGUAUUUCUAUUCUUCACUGUCCAGCAGCACUAAGUGCUGUGUCCUAAAUUAAUUCCUUCCGUCCUGCUCCCUACUUGCCUCCCUUCACUGUGUCCUUCUGGUUCCAGUUGAGUUGAACGUCACCUGAGAAAUGUUUAGGAAGCGCGUUCAGCUGUCUGAACCAAUCCUUGGUCUUUCAGGUGAACUUUGACUCCAGGAUGAUGCUGCAGAACAGAGACAGGAGGUCCCACUCUGAGACAGAUUUACAUAUUAUGUGUUGUGAGAACAUUGAACUUAUCAAGAUUUUGGAGAAACCAGUUUGAUGUGAUCUGAACUUUGUGAUAUGAAGCAUUAUCCUGCUGGGAGGAACCACCUGAAGAUGGGUCCACUGUGGUCAUGAAGAGAUGGAGAUGGUCAGCAACUAUAGGUUGAGAUGAUGCUCAGGUGGCACUAACAUACUGCCCACAGCAUGACACCACCACCACCAGCCUGACCCACGGAUAAAAGGCAGGAUGGAUCCAAGCCUUCAUGCUUCAUUCCAUCAAAUUCUGAUCCGACCAUCUGAACGCUGCAGCUGGAGAAGAGGCUCAUUAGACCAGGCAAAGUCCUUUCAACUUGUUCUAGUCCAGUCCUGGUUUCUCUGUGUCAAGUGAAGCCUCACUUUUCUGUUCUUUCCUGGUGUAGUCUUCUACUGCUGUAGCCCCAUCUGCCUCAAGGUUCUACAUGUUGUGCCUCAGAGAUGUUCUGCAGACCUGGGAUGGAACCAGUGGUAAUUGGAGCUGCUGUUGCCUUUUUAUCCCAUUCUCGUCUCACAUCAACGAGGCAUUUUCCUCCACACAGCUGCUGCUCUCUCGAGAUGUUUUGUUUCAGACUAUUCUCUGUAACUGUGGGGAGGAGGUUGUGGGUGAAAAUCCCAGAUCAGCAGGUUCAGAAACAAACAUGCCACAAUGAAAGUCAAUUAAAUCCCCUUUCCUCCUCAUUCUGAUGCUUAGUCCUCUUCAUAUUCAUAUUGUCUAGAUGCCUUCAUGCACUGAGUUGCUUCUCAUUUUAUUGGUUUAUGCAAUAUUAGCAUUGACAAGCAAUUGAAUAGGUGUACCUAAUAAAGUGGCCAGUGACUACUGUG